AUGAAGCUCUCUCUGGCCGUCGCAGGCGCCCUGGCUGGGUCUGCCAUGGCCAUCGACCCUAUCGUCAUCAAGGGCUCCAAGUUCUUCUACUCGGGCAACAACACCCAGUUCUACAUGCGCGGUGUGGCCUACCAGCAGAGCUACACGGGCAGCACCAGCACCAACUCCUCCAGCACCAGCUAUACCGAUCCCCUGGCCGAUGCCACCACCUGCGCGCGUGAUAUUCCCUACAUGAAGGAGCUGCGCACCAACACCAUCCGCACCUAUGCCAUCAACCCCACCGCCAACCACACCGAGUGCAUGCAGAUGCUGGCCGAUGCCGGCAUCUAUGUCAUCACCGAUCUGUCCGAUCCCUCGCUGUCCAUCGACCGUUCGGAUCCCUCGUGGGAGGCCAACCUGUAUGAUCGCUACACGGCCGUCAUUGACGAGAUGCAGCAGUUCAACAACACCCUCGGUUUCUUCGCCGGCAACGAGGUGUCCAACAGUGUCUCCACCACCGAUGCCAGUGCGUUCGUCAAGGCCGCCGUCCGUGAUAUGAAGGCCUACAUCAAGCAGAAGGGCUACCGUGCGCUCGGUGUGGGUUACGCCACGGCCGACGACUCGAGCAUCCGGGUCAACAUGGCGGAUUACUUCAACUGCGAGAGUACCGAGGACGGCAUUGACUUCUGGGGAUACAACAUCUACUCGUGGUGUGGCAACUCGACCUACGAAGAGUCGGGAUACAAGGACCGCACCGAGGAGUUCCGCAACUACUCUGUUCCUGUCUUCUUUGCCGAGUAUGGAUGCAAUGAAGUCACCCCCCGCCAGUUCACCGAAGUCAGUGCCUUGUAUGGUGACACCAUGGCUGAGGUGUGGUCUGGUGGUAUCGUCUACAUGUACUUCCAGGAGACCAACAACUAUGGUCUCGUCUCGGUCGUCGACAGCACCAGUGUCAGCAAGAUGGAAGACUUCACUUCCUACUCCAACCACAUCGCCACUGCUACUCCCUCGGGCACCAACAAGGCCUCGUAUACUCCCACCAACACUGCGCUGCAGACCUGUCCCGCGGUCAACACCGCCUCGUGGCAAGCCAAGGCCACCCCGCUGCCUCCUACUCCCAACAAGGAGCUGUGCACCUGCAUGAAUGAUGCUGCUGGUUGUGUCGUCAGCGACUCGGUUGACAGCUCCGACUAUGGCGAUCUCUUCAGUCUGAUCUGUGGCUACACCAGCUGCGACGGUAUCUCCGCCAACGCCACCACCGGUGAAUACGGGGCCUACAGCAUGUGCCAGUCCAAGCAGCAGCUCAACUUCCUGCUCAACAAGUACUGGGAGGCCCAGGACAAGAGCGCCAGCGCCUGCAGCUUCGGCGGUUCUGCCACCACCACGGCCACCACCAAGGCCACCGGCUCGUGCAGCUCUCUGAUGGGCGAGGCCGGCACUGCCGGCACUGGCACCGUCACCUCCAAGCCCACUGCCUCUGGCGACUCGGGCGAGGUGAGCUCCAGCACUUCCUCCACCUCGUCCGGCAGUGCUGCGAUGACUGGCAGCAUGGCCGUCCAUGUGGGAUCGUUCCAGCUGAGCGCUUACAUUGCCACUGCCGUUCUGGCCGGUAUUGGCAUGAUUGCGCUGUAA